AUGUCGACCAAUUUGUUUACUUUUACAGGCACUCCCAUACUAUGGUUAAUCGUUUUGACACCUGUACUGCUGUCAGUGAUGAUUUAUUUCUGUGUACGUUGUAUAACCUCAAAAUUGGAAUGUGAUGAUGAAGAAAUAUCUGUUCCUUGUUUUUCAUCAUCACCAUCAAUGCGUCAACAUAUAUCAUCAUCAUUACCCCCACCUUCUUAUUUUGCUUCACAUCGUGAUCGUCUCUUCCGCGUCCAUCUUCUUGAUCAAGAAGAAAAAAUCCUAGGUUAUUCUUGUCCACCUUCCUAUGAAGUCGCUGUCGAUCCUGAAAAUAUGCCUCUUGAUAAAUUGAAAUUGAUCAUUCAAAACCAAAGGAUAAAACAUCCUCAAUAAUCCAUCAUUCAUCCAAACAAAAUAGAGUUUUAUUGCG